CCGAGCGUCUGCCAUUCCAAAUCCGCGGCCACUUGAACUCGGCAGCCAAGCAGCCAUGGCUUCCCACCCGCCGCCGGCGGCGGAGCACCCUAUACCAUCCGCUCCCACCACCAUAAGUGCCCUCGACGACGACCAGCUCCGAGAGAUCUUCCUCCGCCUCCCGGACCUCCCCAGCCUCGCCUCCGCCGCCUUCACCUGCCGCACCUUCCUCGGCGCCGUCCGUUCGUCCCGCGCCUUCCGCCGCAGCUUCCGUGCGCUCCACGCGCCCCCGCUCCUCGCUCUCUUCCUCACACCCUACAUGCGCACGGUACCUACCUUCCCCGCCUCACGCCCCCCCACUGCCGCCAGAUUCAGUCCCCUACGAGACGACGACGCUUCCGAGUGGGGGGUCGAUUUCACCGAUCCUUCGAUUGCGUACGAUGAAGGCUUCAUCGCUCUCCAACAUCGGAGCACCAAGCAGGAAGUUUACUACAACCCCCAAACGAUGGCUCUGUUUCUCCACCCCCAGGAGCACCAUGACAUGCCCGACGGCACCACCCUUGAGUUCCACACACUCUCCCCCAAAGAGGAUCAGAGGCCGCCCCGUGUGGUCUCUGUCCGUCAUGACUACUCGCGGCCUUGGGCUCGCGUCGCCGUCUUCUCACCGGACACCAUGGAGUGGCAGAUUUUCCCGGAGACGGCCGCGCUGCUGCCUGAGGGAUUCAGGCGUACAACCCGCACGAUAGUGGAUGGGUUUAUCUGUUGGCGAUGCGAGUCUGUGGGCGGGGCAUCUCUCAGCGAGUACAUUUUGGUGCUCAACACAGAUAACUUUCAGUUCUCUCUAUUAGAUCUGCCGCCGCCCUUGAGAGUGGUAUACCCAGAAUUUAAGAUUGGUCAGACCAAGAAUGGGAGGCUCUGUAUCGUAAAUGAGAAGGAAUGCACACUUUCUGUUUGGAUCUUGACAGACAGUGAUGAUGGCGUCCAGCGAUUUGUGCUGCACAAUACGUUUCCGUUGCACUCUAGCUUUAUGGAGGUCACCAACUGUUCAGUGGAAGAUGUAAUCUCAGUGCGGCUUAUGACAGUUUUCAGUGGUUUUGUCUACCUUUCUAUUUCCCCCUGGAAGAAUUCCAUGGAGCAGUACAAAUCCCCUGAGUGGUUCCUGUCCUUCUCUCUGGAAACAGCGGAGCUGAACCAGCAUUUUAAGAAUAGAGAGCAACUUCCAUGCCCUGUCCAUCCCUACUUGGCCUGGCCUCCUUUGGUAUGCAGCAUGGAGGAUUCAGAAUCUGAAGUUACUGGAAACAUUUUGUGGGAUGUUGGUCCUGAGGGCACAGAAAAGGCUUCAUCUGUCCUCGUAACAGCAUUACGUCAUUCAGAGAAGCUUUGGUUAAGGACGGCGAAGCAAAUGUUGCAGAGAUAGAUGCCUUCCUACUUUCUGUUGACGCUGAGGAUGAGAAGAACUCUCUUGUGAGUAAAAUCACUGCUUUAGAUGAACUGUUGAUAACUGUGAGAGAUCGUGUCUUGAGGGUAGGUGCAGACUCUGAAUUCUACGGACAGAAGACAGAA